AUGUCGGACAGCCCAGUUCCCGCCAUUCUGAGGCCUACGGCCGCUGAAUUUGUUCCCGGUCAACUUGCGCAUCCCAGCCCUGCGUCGAGCGAGCGCGUCUCUUCCCCUGCGACGCCGCCUCAGCAAGGCUUCAACGCUCAUCCCCAGUAUCAGCUCCCGCAACAUCCACAGGGACUGCCAUACUGUAGCCCUGGUUUCUACGGGUAUCAGCCAUACCCCCUAUACGAUGGCUACACCCACUACUACAACCAGGUCCACAACCCCUUCGACUUCCACGCCACUCCACCCAUGAACUACGUGCAGCCCCAAGGCCCUAUGUGGAACCACGAACAGUUCUCCUCCAUCGAGUACACCGCAGGCACGCCCGAGCCGUUCACAAACCAGCACCGCGAGGUCAACGGCGUACGGGCCGGUAGGAUGCCCUACCAGAACCAUCACGGGGAGCACCAUCAGACUGGAAACGGUGCGGACCCCAACACCGGGUUCAGGAGGAAGCCCAGGAAAAAUAACCGUAAGAGGUAUAACCAUCGGGCGCGCGAGGACCAGCAGAACCAGGAUUACGAGCAAGACCAUGACGACGACCAGGACCGGGAGCAACAGCAGAAGCCUGGUGGCGAAGCCAGUGGCACCUAUAGACGAAACCGUCCUGGUGGAAAAGAUUAA